GGCUGCCCAGAGCCUCUCGUCCGGCCCACAGACGGCAUGAAGCCUUUAGGGGCACGCAGUCCUCACAGAUUUUUGGUUGAAGCCCCUCAUCUGCCUUCAGUCUGAAGGCAGGGCCCCGCAGAGGACGGAUCGGAGGGUCCCGACCAGCGGGGCCGACCGAGAAGGAGAGGAGGGGGCGAGAGACAGGAAGGAAGCAAACCAUCAAAUCUAAAGAAAAAGCCCUUUGACUUUUUCCCCCUCUCCCUUCCAAUGGCUGUGUAGCAAACAUCCCCGACGAUACCUUGGAAGGGAGUUGGUCUGCAGUCGCGUUUUCGUGGUUUGAGUUCACAGUUGUGAGUGCGGGGCUCGGAGAUGGAGCGGUGGUCCUCUAGGUGGAAAACGAAACGGUGGCUCUGGGAUUUCACCAUAACAACUCUCGCACUGACUUUCCUCUUCCAGGCUAGAGAGGUCAGAGGAGCUGCUCCAGUUGAUGUACUAAAAGCUCUAGAUUUUCACAGUUCUCCAGAGGGAAUAUCAAAAACAAUGGGCUUUUGCACAAACAGAAAGAAUUCAAAAGGUUCAGAUACUGCUUACAGAGUUUCAAAGCAAGCACAACUCAGUGCCCCAACAAAACAGUUAUUUUCAGGAGGAACUUUUCCAGAGGAUUUUUCAAUAUUAUUUACAGUAAAACCCAAAAAAGGAAUUCAGUCUUUCCUUUUAUCUAUAUAUAAUGAGCAUGGUAUUCAGCAAAUCGGUGUGGAGGUUGGGAGAUCACCUGUUUUCCUGUAUGAAGACCACACUGGAAAACCUGCCCCAGAAGACUACCCCCUCUUUAGAACUGUUAACAUCGCAGAUGGAAAGUGGCACCGGGUAGCAAUCAGCGUGGAGAAGAAAACUGUGACAAUGAUUGUUGAUUGUAAGAUGAAAACCACAAAACCACUUGACAGAAGUGAGAGAGCAAUCGUUGACACCAGUGGAAUUACAGUUUUUGGAACAAGAAUUUUGGAUGAAGAAGUUUUUGAGGGGGACAUCCAGCAGUUCUUGAUCAUAGGUGACCCCAAAGCAGCGUAUGACUACUGUGAGCAUUACAGUCCAGACUGUGAUUCCUCAGCAUCCAAGGCUGCUCAGGCUCAGGAACCCCAGAUCGAUGAGUAUGCACCUGAGGAUAUAAUGGAAUAUGACUAUGAGUAUGGGGAAGCAGAAUAUAAAGAGGCUGAAAGUAUAACAGAGACUCCCACUGUAACUGAGGAGACAAUAGCACAAACCGAGGCAAAUAUUGUUGAUGAUUUUGAAGAAUACAACUAUGGAACAGAAAGUUACCAAACAGAAGCUCCUAGGCGUGUAUCUGGACCAAAUGAGCCAAAUCCGGUUGAAGAAGUAUUUACUGAAGAAUAUCUAACUGGAGAGGAUUAUGAUUCCCAGAGGAAAAAUUCUGAGGAUAUGCUAUAUGAAAACAAAGAAAUAGACGGCAGGGACUCUGAACUUCUGGUAGAUGGAGAUUUAGGCGAAUAUGAUUUUUAUGAAUAUAAAGAAUAUGAAGAUAAACCAACAAGCCCCACUAAUGAAGAAUUUGGUCCAGGUGUUCCAGCAGAAACAGAUAUCACAGAAACAAGUAUAAAUGGCCAUGGUGCAUACGGAGAAAAAGGACAGAAAGGAGAACCAGCAGUAGUUGAACCUGGCAUGCUUAUUGAAGGACCACCAGGGCCAGCAGGACCUGCGGGUCUUAUGGGUCCUCCAGGUCUACAGGGCCCCACUGGACCCCCUGGUGACCCUGGCGAGAGGGGUCCCCCAGGACGUCCUGGUCUACCAGGGGCUGAUGGUUUACCGGGUCCUCCUGGUACCAUGUUAGUGUUACCGUUUCGUUAUGGUGGCGAUGGUUCCAAAGGACCAGUCAUCUCUGCUCAGGAAGCUCAGGCCCAGGCCAUUCUUCAGCAGGCUCGGAUUGCUCUGAGAGGUCCACCUGGCCCAAUGGGUCUAACUGGAAGACCGGGUCCUGUGGGGGGGCCUGGUUCCUCUGGGGCCAAAGGUGAGAGGGGUGAUCCAGGUCCUCAGGGUCCUCGUGGUGUCCAAGGUCCUCCUGGUCCAAUAGGAAAACCUGGAAAAAGGGGUCGUCCGGGUGCUGAUGGAGGAAGAGGAAUGCCAGGAGAACCCGGGGCCAAGGGGGAUCGAGGAUUUGAUGGACUUCCAGGUCUGCCAGGUGACAAGGGUCACAGGGGUGAACGAGGUCCCCAAGGUCCUCCUGGUCCUCCUGGUGAAGAUGGAAUGCGGGGAGAAGAUGGAGAAAUAGGACCAAGGGGUCUUCCAGGUGAAGCUGGUCCACGAGGUUUGCUAGGACCAAGGGGAACUCCAGGACCUACAGGACAGCCUGGUAUCGCAGGUGUGGAUGGCCCCCCAGGACCAAAAGGGAACAUGGGUCCCCAAGGGGAGCCUGGACCUCCAGGUCAGCAAGGGAAUCCAGGACCUCAAGGUCUUCCUGGUCCACAAGGUCCAAUUGGUCCUCCCGGUGAAAAAGGACCACAAGGAAAACCAGGGCUCGGAGGACUUCCUGGUGCUGAUGGGCCUCCCGGUCAUCCUGGAAAAGAAGGCCAGUCUGGAGAAAAGGGUUCUCUGGGUCCUCCUGGUCCACAGGGUCCCAUUGGCUACCCUGGUCCCCGAGGAGUAAAGGGAGCAGAUGGUGUCAGAGGUCUCAAGGGCUCUAAAGGUGAAAAGGGAGAAGAUGGUUUUCCAGGAUUCAAAGGGGACAUGGGUCUUAAAGGUGACAGAGGGGAAGUUGGUCAAGUAGGUCCAAGAGGAGAAGAUGGCCCUGAAGGCCCCAAAGGUCGAGCAGGUCCAACCGGAGACCCCGGUCCUGCUGGUCAAGCAGGAGAGAAGGGGAAACUUGGUGUUCCAGGAUUACCAGGAUAUCCAGGAAGACAAGGUCCAAAGGGUUCCACUGGAUUUCCUGGGUUUCCAGGUGCCAAUGGAGAGAAAGGUGCCCGGGGUGUAGCUGGCAAACCAGGCCCUCGGGGUCAGCGUGGUCCAACGGGUCCUCGAGGUUCAAGAGGUGCGAGAGGUCCCACUGGGAAACCUGGUCCAAAGGGCACUUCAGGCGGUGAUGGUCCUCCUGGCCCUCCUGGUGAAAGAGGUCCUCAAGGACCUCAAGGUCCAGUUGGAUUCCCUGGACCAAAAGGCCCUCCUGGACCACCUGGAAAGGAUGGCCUGCCAGGACACCCUGGGCAACGUGGAGAGACUGGGUUUCAAGGCAAGACCGGCCCUCCUGGGCCAGGGGGUGUUGUUGGACCACAGGGACCAACUGGUGAGACUGGUCCCAUAGGUGAACGUGGACAUCCUGGUCCUCCUGGCCCUCCUGGGGAGCAAGGUCUUCCCGGUGCUGCAGGAAAAGAAGGUGCAAAGGGUGACCCAGGUCCUCAAGGUGUCUCAGGGAAAGACGGACCAGCAGGACUACGUGGUUUCCCAGGUGAAAGAGGACUUUCUGGAGCUCAGGGUGCACCUGGACUGAAAGGAGGAGAAGGUCCCCAGGGCCCACCAGGUCCAGUUGGCUCACCAGGAGAACGUGGGUCAGCAGGAACAGCUGGCCCAAUUGGUUUGCCAGGGCGACCAGGACCUCAGGGUCCUCCUGGUCCAGCUGGAGAGAAAGGUGCUCCUGGAGAAAAAGGUCCCCAAGGCCCUGCAGGGAGAGAUGGAGUACAAGGCCCCGUGGGUCUCCCAGGGCCUGCUGGGCCUGCUGGCUCCCCAGGAGAGGAUGGAGACAAGGGUGAAAUCGGUGAACCAGGACAAAAAGGCAGCAAGGGUGACAAAGGAGAAAAUGGUCCUCCUGGUCCCCCAGGUCUUCAAGGUCCAGUUGGUGCCCCUGGAAUUGCUGGAGGUGAUGGUGAGCCAGGUCCCAGAGGUCAGCAGGGGAUGUUCGGACAAAAAGGUGAUGAAGGUGCCAGAGGUUUCCCAGGACCUCCAGGUCCCAUAGGUCUUCAGGGUCUGCCAGGCCCACCUGGUGAAAAAGGUGAAAAUGGGGAUGUUGGUCCCAUGGGUCCACCUGGUCCUCCAGGCCCCAGAGGUCCUCAAGGUCCCAAUGGAGCUGAUGGACCACAAGGACCACCGGGAUCCAUUGGUUCAGUUGGUGGUGUUGGAGAAAAGGGUGAGCCUGGAGAAGCAGGGAACCCAGGGCCUCCUGGGGAAGCAGGCACAGGCGGUCCCAAAGGAGAAAGAGGAGAGAAAGGAGAAGCUGGUCCACCUGGUGCUGCUGGACCUCCUGGUGCUAAAGGACCAUCAGGUGACGAUGGCCCUAAGGGUAACCCGGGUCCUGUUGGUUUUCCUGGAGAUCCUGGUCCCCCUGGGGAACCUGGCCCCGCAGGUCAGGAUGGUGUUGGUGGUGACAAGGGUGAAGAUGGAGAUCCUGGACAACCGGGUCCUCCUGGCCCAUCUGGUGAGGCUGGCCCACCAGGUCCUCCUGGAAAGAGAGGUCCUCCUGGAGCUGCAGGUGCAGAGGGAAGACAAGGUGAAAAAGGUGCUAAGGGAGAAGCAGGAGCUGAAGGUCCGCCAGGAAAAACUGGCCCAGUUGGUCCUCAGGGACCUGCCGGAAAGCCUGGUCCAGAGGGUCUUCGGGGCAUCCCUGGCCCUGUGGGAGAACAAGGUCUCCCUGGAGCUGCAGGCCAAGAUGGGCCACCUGGUCCUAUGGGACCUCCUGGCUUACCUGGUCUCAAAGGUGACCCUGGCUCCAAGGGUGAGAAGGGACAUCCUGGUUUAAUUGGCCUGAUUGGUCCUCCAGGAGAACAAGGUGAAAAGGGUGACAGAGGACUCCCUGGAACUCAAGGCUCUCCAGGAGCAAAAGGGGAUGGAGGUAUUUCAGGCCCUGCUGGUCCCAUAGGUCCACCUGGUCCUCCAGGCUUACCAGGUCCUCAAGGUCCAAAGGGUACCAAAGGCUCUACUGGACCUGCUGGCCAGAAGGGUGACAGUGGUCUUCCAGGGCCUCCUGGGCCUCCGGGUCCACCGGGUGAAGUCAUACAGCCUUUACCAAUCUUGUCACCCAAAAAAACAAGAAGACAUACAGAAAGCAUGCAGUCAGAUGCAAGUGAUAAUAUUCUGGAUUACACUGAUGGAAUGGAGGAAAUAUUUGGUUCCCUCAAUUCCUUGAAACAAGACAUUGAGCAUAUGAAGUUUCCAAUGGGUACACAGACCAACCCAGCCCGAACUUGCAAAGAUCUGCAACUCAGCCAUCCUGACUUCCCAGAUGGUGAAUAUUGGAUUGAUCCUAACCAGGGUUGCUCAGGAGAUUCCUUCAAAGUUUACUGUAAUUUCACGUCUGGUGGUGAGACUUGCAUUUAUCCAGACAGAAAGUCAGAGGGCGUAAGAAUUUCAUCAUGGCCAAAGGAGAAACCAAGAAGCUGGUUUAGUGAAUUUAAGAGAGGAAAACUGCUUUCAUAUUUAGAUGUGGCAGGCAAUUCCAUUAAUAUGGUGCAAAUGACAUUCCUGAAACUGCUGACUGCUUCUGCGCGGCAAAAUUUCACCUACAGCUGUCAUCAGUCAGCAGCCUGGUACGAUGUGUCAUCAGGAAGCUAUGACAAAGCACUUCGGUUCCUGGGAUCGAAUGAUGAGGAGAUGUCCCAUGACAACAACCCUUACAUCAAAGCCUUAUAUGAUGGCUGUGCGUCCAGAAAAGGCUAUGAAAAGACUGUGAUUGAAAUCAAUACACCGAAAAUUGACCAAGUACCUAUCGUUGAUGUAAUGAUCAAUGACUUUGGUGAUCUGAAUCAGAAGUUUGGAUUUGAAGUUGGUCCUGUUUGUUUUCUUGGCUAAGAUUAGGACAAAGAACAUAUGAAAUCAACAGAAAAUAUACCUUGGUGCCACCAACCCAUUUUAUGCCACAUGCAAGUUUUGAAUAAGAAUGGUGUAGAAAAUAACUUGUUACGUAUAUAUGUACCAAUUAGGAAAUAUCGAUGCCCUUGUGGGAGCAGAAUCACAUGACAAAAGCUUUGAAAAUCAUAAAAAUAUAAGAUAGUGUGGCUAAGAUGGAAACAGGCCUUAUUCUUGAUUCCCAAUUUUCAUCUCUUCUUUUCCUAUUUGGAUUUCUUUGGUGCUGUAGAAAAAAAAAAAAGAGAAAAAUAUAUAUUCAUAAAAGACAUGGUGCUCAUUCCCGUCCAUCCAGGAUGUGCUAAAACAGUGUGUUUAAUAAAUUGUAAUUAUUUUAUGUACAGUUCUAUACUGUUAUCUGUGUGUCCAUUUCCAAAACUUGCAUGUGUCUCUGAAUUCCAUCUGACUCUAAUUUUAUGACAACUGCAGAACUAUGACGGCAAUAAAUACAUGUAUCAUGAAAAAAUAAAGUUGCAAUUUCUGAUGACUCUAAUUCCCUUUCUUUGAUGAAUAAUAAAAUGCCUUUGUAUAUAUUGAUGUUGAAGAGUUCAAUUAUUUGAUGUCGCCAACAAAUUUCUCAGAGGGCAAAACCUGGAAGACUUUUGGAAGCACACUCCAAUCAACUCUUCUCUACUGAUCGUAAUUUUGCUGAAUUUCAGCCAAAAACAUCAUGCAUUUUAAUGCUUUAUUCAAUGCUAUACCUCAACCUUUUUCUUUUCAGAGACCAGGAUUUCACAGGAUACUUGUAUAUGUGGAAAAUAAGCAAGUUUAUAUUUUUGGACAGGAAAAUAUGUAUGAGAAGCUGUUUUAACAAAUUGAUGCCUCCAUCAAGCAAUCAAUCAGAUGUACAGUUUUUUUACUACCUUAUUGUUUUCAGUGUGCUUCAACCAGUGAGGUUAAUAUUAAAAGAUGGAAACUAAACAAUUAUUUAUGAAUUUGUUCAAUGUUAUAUUUUUAAUCAAUUUCUUGAAUUUGAUUCUAAGCUGCAUACUAUAAUAGUCUCCAAAUAUUAUUUUACCUGCACCUGCCCAACAACUAUUAUUUCUUUUCUUUCAAGAUAAUAUCAUGCAUUAUUUGACCUACCUAAUUGCUAAAUAACAUCUGGGUGGACUGUUACUAACAGUGCUUGUUUUAAAAGUCAUACUUAGUAAAAACAAUCAAAACAUUUUUUUCCACUAAGGCAUUUUCUUUCAGGUAGCUUGAAAUAGCAGUAAAAUUUAAAAAUUACACACUGAA